AUGAGUGGACAAUCAGAAAAAAACAAUUCCACUCAAGACAGACACGCAGGUCCAAGUUCUCCUGAGAAAAACUGUCAAAUCGGACAGAAGCAACUGCAACAGAUAGAGCGGCAGUUAAAAUGCUUGGCAUUUCAGAACCCUGGACCACAGGUAGCGGAUUUUAAUCCUGAAACGAGGCAGCAGAAAAAAAAAGCACGAAUGUCAAAGAUGAAUGAGUAUUUUUCUGUAAAAUGCAAAGUUAUGAAGAAGUAUGACAAGAGCGGUAGGCUCCUCUGCAAUGAUGCUGACCUGUGCGAUUGCCUGGAGAAGAACUGCCUGGGCUGCUUCUACCCCUGCCCCAAGUGUAACUCCACCAAGUGUGGCCCCGAGUGCCGCUGCAACCGCCGCUGGGUCUACGACGCCAUCGUCACCGAGUCUGGGGAGGUCAUCAGCACGCCGCCGUUCAACAUUCCCGACUAGGUGCUGGCCCACGAGGGCUCAUCUGUUUCGUCUUUGAAUCGAAGCCAGUCUCUUGUCUCUUGGGUGUAUUUUAGGGCUUGGGGGAAAUGUUCUAAAAAAGCAUACCUAAGGCUCAUGUUCUCCAAAGCCAUAGAACAAUGUGGGAGCGUCCAUCCUUCUCUAACCUUCCCACUGUGACUUCUUGCAUUCCUCCCGCUUUAACCUGAGAGAGUGCCUGUGGAUGCUUCUCAGCACAACACCUCCAUCUCUGCUCUCAGAUUUAAAAAUGGA